GAAGCGGACGACGGUACGCUACAGUUCACCAAGAGACAAAAGCGACAAGGUUAGGGCCAGAGACCACACGGGGAUACGAAUUAACACGCGAUCCAUUGAUCACACAGUUCAAUCGAUCAAUCAAUUAACAUUCGUUCAAAAGACACCGCGAACCGCCGCCUAAGUCCGCGCAGUUAAUAAGUGCCGAUACCCUAGUGUGCUACCGUUCAGUGCUAAAGUUAGGGGAUCCAGUUUCCUGGGUACCAAGAGACAUUCACGUGGUUCCGAUUGAUCCGAAAGGAUUUUUCACUGAUUGGUGCGUCGAUCGGAAUUAGAUCGAAAAAGGAGGAAGCAUGAGAAACCACACGGCAGUCAGUUUCUUCGCCAGCCUAAUGAUGUUUUGUGCCCUCGCCGUGCUACUGAUGCCGGACCGGGCGCACGCCAGGCCGCCCUCUUUCCUAAGCAGGCAGAGACGAGUUUCCGAUCAGAGGCUCGCCGAAAUAGAAACGCUACUGGGGUUGGAAAACGUUCGGGGGAAAGUGGUGACGGUCCCGGUUGCAUUCGGAGUUCUGGAUCCAGAUAAAAUAGGUCGUAGACGAAGAUCAGCCACGAACAACAGACUCGAGACGCUGCAACGCAUCAUGCGAAUUGUCGCGAACAAUCCGGACAUGCUCGACGAAAAGAUUCUCCCGUUACCACUGAAGAUCAAGGAGUCCUGGCGAGGCAAUGACAACGAGUACCAAUACAUUUAAUUCUGCGGUGCGACCUGUCGCGCCGGUGCGUGUAGGGCGAGAACGAAGACAUCAGUCGAGAGUGCUAAACGCUUACAAACAAAGAAAAAACACGAUUCCUCUCGACCCUAAGCCGCCUGAAAACAGUAUUACGGACCGUCCUCCGUCCGAGCUUAAACUUUUAAACGAACUCACACUAAUUAGGAAUAUUUGAGUGACUAACCAAAGGAGUGGGAAUGGGAAAUCGCAGCCGAUUCAAGGGCAGAAGGAUGGAACCAGCGGUUAUGGCCGCCAAAACCGCGGAGGGCUGUUCGAAGGGGAAAAAAUAUGAAAACGGAGAUGUGUUCUUUUUCAAAUGAUUCGAAACCGCCAUGUCUUGUUCGUUUCUAUUCGUUCCUGUGUACAUUAUUCUCUCUAGUAAUUUAUUUAGUUUAUUUAUAUUUAUUAUUUAUUGACUUCUCGAUUGAUUAGAAUCGGUUAAUCGCGAUUUUAGUAGGAAAAUUUCGGUGCGAGCCGGUAUAUAUAGCGAAUUCGUAUUCGUUUCGUUUACACGUGGAUCGAUAUAAACAACAUUCACUGACGCUCAAAAAUAUUUUAUUGCCUUUGUUUUAAAUAUUGUAAACCAAAAUCUACAUAUUGAGCUGGAAUGUUUUAAAUAUGUAAACGAAUAUCUGCAUAAUGAGCUGAAAUGUUUUAAUGAAUGAAAUUCAAAGACUUUUUGCAUACAUUAAAUUAUCCGGUUCUUAAUUUUGUUAACGUAAUGAAUAUUAUAAUCGAUUGAAUAUUUUUGAGCGAUUGUGCGUGUUCUUCGAGACUGUUUCGUUUAGUUUCGUUCGAACCUCUGUUUAAAUAGCAGCGAAUUACAAUGGCGUAACGAUCGGCGAGCCGUACUUGAGGAUCACUGACCUUUCGUCGGAAUCUCUUGAUCGAUCUCGAUCCGCGACGUUUCUCUAUCUCGAUUUUCUCGGUUUAGUUAACUGCACUGACAGUGGCUUAACAAUGUUAAACAGAUAUUCGAAUAGUAUUUAUUGACUGUUAAUUUUAGAAAUUUUUGCGAUUUAUCGACCCAAUCACUGCAAACACAAAAUGUUGAUGGAAUGUAUAGAAUCACUUCAACAUCGAAAACAUAUGAAACACUGAAUAGUUAUUUAAAACAAUAAUUCAACGAUACUUAAUUACGAAAUUGUAAUAAUUAGUAGAACUCGAAUCUUUAUAUAUUUGCAACAUAUAUGAGUCUCCCGAAACUUACAAAAUGCAAAAUAAUUAAACUUUAAUUCAAUUUCAUCGUAUAUGUUUGAAGAAAAUAAUACUUCAGACGAUAAAUUGAUUUUGGAAAUCGUACAAUGAUGCGAGUUUGCAUCGAAAGUUCCGAAGUCCAAUGAUUAUCGUCAAAAGUGUUGAUUACGAUUUUGAAAGGAAAUAUCGAGUCUAACCUUUGUCUGACGUUUCAUUUAUUUAUCGCACGAUCAGCUUUUUAAAAAUGGAAAUCCUCAGAAUUCGAAGAAACAUAUCGCAGUGAACGUGUUUGCGGUUAGUCAAUUUUGAAUUGAUGAAGAAAACCCAUGUCUUCAUCAAAAACCCGAGCUCUCGAGAAUGAAAACGACGUAAAUUUCUAAAAUAUGGAAAUCGUCGUGAAAAUUUUUUUCUUGAUAAUUAACCGCUUGGCUCUUUAUCCCGAAUGUUCUCGGAAUUUUUUUUAUAUUAAACAUUGUUAAUCUCAAUUAGCUCAGAAUAAUAAUUUGCGUGAUUUUAAAGCCUUAUUUUUUGCAUAUUACGGUUGAUUUGACAUUUUUCUAUGGAUAUAUUUAUCGUAAUACAUUCAAAUACUAAAAAUCAUAAAUAAAAAACUGUCGUAUUUUUGGUUAACUUUUGAAAAUGAAUUCAUACGGCAAUCGAUUAAUUAUCUAUUUUAGUAUUUAUUUUUAAAACUUACAUUGUUUCAUUCCCAGGAGCUCCGUCGGGUCUCGUUAGAAUACAGCGUUAAGCCACUGUGAAUAUUGUGUAUUAGAAAAAUUUAUCAUUUAGAUAACAAUUCGCUACGUUUCCGUAUCGCGAUCGUUAUUUAAUGCUACUGUUCCUUAAGAUGUUCGCUUAUCGAGUGUUCAAAGGACGAUAAACGUCGAGGCUGUGAAAUGUUCACGACGGAUAAUACGUACCGUAUUACCGAUGGAACAAUUUUAGAGUUUGACUUUGAACUUCGAGGUGCAUCAGCGGAUUCCAAUUUUUAAUUACUUAACAAUUUUGGGAACAGUUGCCUAGGAAUUUCGUUAGUUUUAUUAUACAUUCAUUUCCAUUAGUUUUCUCAUCGAUUUAUCGCUGGCGUUCUUCACCCAGCGAAUUAAUUUAUUAAAAAUCGGAGUGAGUGGAUUGUCCCCAGGAAUCUAUGGCAAUUUGUAUUAUUUAAUUUAACAUGUGAUGCGUUUUAUUUAUUGUAUUGUACAGAUAGUUCACAGAUCAUAUUGAAUUGUUGUGAGGGAAAUUUUAUCAGACGCGUGAACUACGAUGACAGGAGUGAUUGGUAUUAACGAUCGACGAAUUGUUAAAAUUAAUCACACGAAUUUCGAAGUCGUGUUUGCGUCGUUUUAGGAUAUUGAUGUGAAAAUUUCACUGUAACCGAUGCAAUUGUAUAUCGUUAGACUUUUUCUAUAUAAGUUAUUUAUUUAUUUAUUUAUUUAAUUGUACUAGCGCUAGACGAAGUAUUAAAGACACUGUCGCGCGUAAUGCGACGUCGAUGUAUUCGAGCAAUGUGCGUAUUAUUUUAUUUAUU